CUUCUUGGGGAGAAGAAGAAGAAGAAGAAGAACCAAAUUCGCCCUCCUGGCUGAAGAAGAAGAAGAAACCAAAUUCGCGUCCCUGGAUUAAUUCUGCGGUUGACCAUGGCUGAUCCCAAGAAGAAAACGGUUGUGAAGUACCAAACUGCUGCGACCCUCAUCAUCAAGCCAAAUAAACGUACCGAGAACGUUCAGCCGACGUCACCAGAUCCACCGGCAGAACCUUCUGCGUCCAGGGGAAGCCAUAUUAAAAGAGUCACUACUGUGGAGGGCGAAAUAUCUGCGAGCCAGGUGGACAUUAGCAUUGCUUCAGAGCUUCAGGAGGAAGCGCAUCAUGACGAAACAUUAAACACACAGGAAGAACAGAAAUCGCCCGGGUUUUGGGAACUGCUGACGGAGAUCCUUUUCAGGCGGGCUCCCGUGGCGCCACCUCCAGAGCCCUCACCAUCGGAGGCUAUCAUCGUUGUGCCUUCGUACGGUGCUCUACCUGCACCGUCCCCACCAACUCAAAUGGUGGCAUCGUCGUCGUCCUCCACCUCCACCGCCCCUUCUUCGUCUUCUGAUACAGACGAACUGCGAGAGCAAUUUGAAAUCUGUCGCCUGGACCGCAAACAGAUGGAUCGUCUUUGCCGUAAAAUUGAUCUAAGGGGCUUGGUGAGGCAAGAAAUGGAACAAGAAGUAGCUGAAAGACGCAUGAUAGAGGAUAGAAUCGAGAGAAAACUACGGAGGCGACUCAGGAAAAUGCAAGAGGUGCAACGUAGACUGCGGGAACAACGAAGGGCAGAGGAGGAAAUGGAGAGAAUCGAGGCAGAGAAGAAAGCGAAGGAAGCAGAGAAGAAAGCGGGGGAAGCCGAAAAGAAAGUGGAGGAACCCGAAAAGAAAGUGGAGGAAACCGAAAACAAAGUGGAGGUAACCGAAAAGAAAGUGGAGGAAGAAGCAGAGAAAGUGGAGGAAGUGGAAGAAAAGAUAGUGACUGCUCAGAUUGUUGAGAAAAAGGAACAACCUGCGGAUCUCCCUCAGCAACCAAGCAUCUUGCAGGAGUAUCCACCACUAGUACUUGGAGAGCCGCUAGUGGUAGACGUUCCAGUGGUGUUUGUCUUUGGUGGUCCCGGAUCCGGCAAGUGGACCCAGUGCGAAAAAAUCGUCAAGACUUUCGAAUUCACUCACGUCUCCUCUGGGGAUCUUCUUCGAGCUGAAGUGAAGAGUGACAGCGAUCGCGGGAAGGAAAUUAGGGAAAUCAUGAGGAAAGGAGAACUUGUGCCUCUGGAAUAUGUGCUGUACCUUUUGAAAGAAGCUAUCAAGAGUAAGCUGGAGACAAGCAAAGGGUACCUCAUCGAUGGCUACCCCAGAAACGUGGAUCAGGCUGAGAGAUUUGAAAACGAGGUGUGCAAAUGCACGAAUCUUUUGUACUUCGAAGCCAAGGACGAAACGAUGAUUUCCCGUCUCGCAGAACGCGGCAAAACCAGCGGCCGAAUCGAUGACCAAGUUGACACCAUCAAACGUCGUGUCGAGAUAUUCCACGAAGAAUCGCAGCCUGUACUGCAAAAGUACGAAGACCUAGUCACUAGGGUGUCCGCCGAAGAAGACGAGGACACGGUUUUCGACUCCUUGAAGCCGUUCUUCGAGUCUAUUACGAAGAAGUAACAGAAUGCGAUCGUAGGACUCUUCUGUCGACCCAGUAUUACUCAUUACUGGUUGGACGGAUCUUAUUAUGCCUAGUAAUGUUAUGAACACUACGAAACAUUAUUGCACGUAUAUUAUAAAGCGCUUGAUCGUG